UUUUGUAUUUGAGAUGUUGAUUUUGAAUUUGUUUCUUUAUUUAUCCACUUAAUUUUGCAUGUUCGGUUCAUGUACAUUGAUUCACGUAGAUUGAUUACCAUUCACACAUUUACUUAUAUGUACACAAUGUUAGACUUAUGCUGUGCAUGAAAAGGUUUUCAAUCCCAAACAAAUCCAGCUCAAUCGGUUCAUUGAUUCCUUCAUUUACAUUUUCAGUAGUGUCGUCAAAAUUGACAAUGCCGAAAGGGAAGCAAAGAAAAGUAGAAGAGGAGGAAUCAACAAGAACAGGAACCCCCAAAAUAGACCUAAUCAGUAGCUUACCGGAUUCCCUGCUUUGCCACAUUCUCUUGUUCCUCCCAACAAGAUGUGCCAUGGCCACCAGCAUCCUCGCUCUGGAAGGAUCUUCUAGUGUUGGACUUAAACAAUAGUGAAGAGAAUCCUUAUUAUCUGCCUGGUGGGACACAUCGAUUCAUUGCUUUCGUCAAUGCAGUUUUCGCUCAACGCAAGGCUCCCCAUGUCAAGAAGCUUCGCCUCGCUUGUGUUAUACCUAGAGGUGAAAAGAAAACCAUCAAAACAUGGAUUCAUACUGUUGUUGGACCCCACCUCCAAGAACUAUUCCCCUUUCAAUGAGUUUGGAAAUCAACGUAUCAAUUGCCUGAAGAGGUAUUAACCAGUGCAUCACUCGAGUCUCUUGUUUUGAAAGGCCAUGUGUUUUUGACUGUUUACGAUGGAUUGUUGAUUUGCCAUCCCUCAAGAACCUAGAGUUGGAUCUCAACUAUGUGGACCCAGACUUUGUUUUACUUGGUUGCCCGGCUCUUGAAAAUCUCGAGCUCAUUUUACAGGAAUCGUUCCCACUUAAUGCGAGCCAACCUCCUGAAAUCCACAUGCCUGAUUCCUUGAAGCGGUUAACCUUAAUGCAAGAUAUAUUCGGAGAAGAUAUUAAUGAUAUUGAGGAUCUUGUGAUAGACACCCCGUUACUCGAAUACCUAAGUAUCAAAUUAUGGGCAAGAUGCCUGCAGGUUUCAAUUAGCGAUUAUCCCAACAUGGUGGAAGCUCAUCUUGAUAUUGAUCAAGACCAAGAGCUGGUUGGUUGGGUGCUUCAGCUUCUCAAGGCACUCCGCCAAACUAAACUGUUGGACUUGAGACUUUCCACUAUGAAGUGCUUGCUUCGUGCUCCUGCUUUUGAGUUGCCAGAAUUUUCCCGUUUACAUAAUCUAGAGCUUCAAAUUCCAUAUUUCAACUCCGGAUAUCUGAUAAAAUUGCUUCAUAACUGCCAUAUGCUUCAAGUUCUCACUCUUCAUAAUCGGGAGAAAUUUUCCACAGUGGAACCUGAGGAACCUAAUUGUUGGACACUGCCAAUGAAGGAUCCUGAUUGUGUUAUAUCACAUCUCAAGAUUUUUGAAUUUAAUGGAUAUCAAGACUCUGCAGAUGAAUACGCAUUUGUUGCAUAUCUUUUAGAGAGAGGACCUAUUUUGAAGACAUUGAAAAUCUAUGCUCAUCGAAAUCUUGGCCUAAAGUAUAAACAUUGCAUCCGCCAGGCAUUAUCUACCAUACCGAGGAGCUCCAAAACAUGCAAAUUAAAAGUAGCCAUCGGUUACAUAUGGUACAAUCUCUCACCAUCUCUAUUCUCUCUUCGUGUUUUGCCUUAAAAAUAGUAUUAAAUGAAAGACUGCAUCUUUGGUCCAAUUUAUGCGUCAAUAUGACUUGUGUUCCUCAAAUAUUUGUUGAAGCUUUUGAUUACUUUUUAUAAGGAUUAAUUUGUCUGGUCUUGUUCCUUGGGCAUGGAAAAAUGAGCUCUUCAAAUCAUUGCUAGGGUUUGGUUUGGUUUGGUGGUUCUGGAAUUUGCUUGUACCUUCUCCCUCAAUGUCAUAGAAUAUCUUUGACUUCUUUGGUGUUUGUUUCGCAAAACAUACAGAAAUUUUGCCCAUUAGAAUAUGCAUAAUUUUCACAAUUCAAUAUUUUUUACUUUUUUGGUGGUUGUUUCACAAAACAUACAGGCCGUUUUUUAUGAAUAUAUUAGCAAUGCAGUAAAAUGGUUUAUUGUUUAUUAAUUGUGAGUAUUUUAGCCCCAAAGUUAUGUUCUCCACUACAUAAUAUUUUUCCCCUUUGAUAUAUACUCUGCUGUUUAAUUAUGUUAUUUACUUUUAACAUGUAGAGCUUUAUAUACAAAAAAAACAUAUAUUGUUUGGAUGUAAAUAGUUAUUCAAACUCUAAAUGUCAUGGUUUGUAAUAAAUGGGUUCUCUAACUGGGAAUUGAAUUUAUAGUAACUCUUUAUGGAAGAAUUUCAUAGCACAAUAUUGCAGCCUAUAUUAUUAUGCAUUUGCCAGUUUUGUUUUAGUCUUCCCCAUAUCAACAUGCCCGUGGUGCAGUCCUUUUCAUCAUUAAUAGAAAUUUAUCUCGCUGCCUGGUUUGCAAUGCAACAAGUCUAUGGUCAAAAGAUUGUUGUUUAGUUAAUCGUAUGCUUUUAAUUUCAAUAGAAAUGACAUUCAAGAGGCAAUAAUUAUUGUUUAAUCUAACUAUUUCGGUGGUGAGAAUAUUGAAGAUCAGGUACACAAGCUUCCCUCCUCUUUUGGUUCGGGAAGGGUAGAUGCAUCAACCUUUCCCCUACAAUGCUCAAAUCACCAUAUGUAUUUAACACUUUUGAGUAGAUGACAGCUUCCUUGCCUUGUAGUAAUGUGUAACUAACUAUUGCUAUAAUGAACAAUUGGAAAUAGAUGUAAUGGGAUUAGAGGAACUUCCACCAUAUGUUUUGAUACAUAUGAAUGAUAUGAUGUAUAGUAUUAAUGCA